AUGGGCGACGACAUGGAUGAAGGCUACGAGACUAUCGUGAGCUCGACCUCAUGUCAGUCUUGCACAACCUGGGCAAGUAUUCAGGGUACUUUGAUUGAUCCGCGCGAGACAGAAACCAAGGAACAAGUAAUCGCCAAAAUCGAUGCACUCUACGAGUCUGGCGUUCCCUUUUUCACCAAGAACGCAAUCCGUGCGUUGUCAGACCAGCUUGAGACCAAAACCACACCCGGAGAUAAAAUCAUCACCAAGGACCUGACCGGUGCGAGUAUUGAAUGGAAAGUGAAAAUUGGAAAGUCUAUCAAGCUCAUAUAUGGCGAGGAUCUCCCGGAGAACAGGAAGGAAUGCUCCUACUCUGAAGCUGGGGUAGGGUAUACAUCUAGACCAUCCCUCAAACAGUCGUUGGACUGGUAUGGCGUUCAGGACACGGCUUACGAACCCCUGUCUUUGACGUACCGAAUUCGCCAGCUUGACCCCAAUAGUAAGACCGGGGAAACUAUUCCUGACGACUUGGAGGAUACAAAAGACCGCGAAACGGUAGCCAAAGACUUCCGAGAGAGGAGUCAGGCCUGGGAAGAAAGCGAAACAUGCCAGCGUUUCAAAUCGAUCUUAUCUUCAGAGGUCAGCGGCCAUAAUAUCAACAAGAUCGUGGGCCUUGCUUGCGGUAGCCUGGCCUUGCCGAAUAACGAAAGUGCUACGAACCAAACCGCGUUACUACUCACCGUGAGAAAUUGGUUGAAAGACCGAGACCAGAACACCGAUAUAUCUUGUUACAUCCAAGAUCCGAUGAACACCUCUGUUGACAGGGAAGUUCUCGCAGACAUCGGGUUCGAGAUGAUUGACGAUCCACGCGGCUGGCUUGAGAUCGACGAGCGGUCGGUCGUGCUCUCGGUGGCUCCCAAUGUUCCUGUUAAGGAAAUUCUCGCGGACACCGCGAGGCCUGCUGUUGUGAUAUGGAAUCGGGUUGGAAAUGAGGAUACAAAAUCGACUGACCCCAACACGGCACGCGUUCGGAAAAUGAUGACAGGGUAUAAAUUGCAUGAGUUCGGAGAUGAAGAGAGGUGGUCAGAUGUGGUAAUCUAUACCAGGGAGUCCAAGGUGGCCCCAGUUCCCGAAGAGGAUGGUACUUUCCUAGACUAG